GACUUGUUCUGUUUUGCUGCAGGAGCCCUAGACGUGAUCUUCACUCUGCAGGGAGACCCCAGCCUGUUUGUGGCUGCAGCUGCCCGGCGGCUCCUGGUGCACACGCUCUCCCUGUCUCUCGAGUGUGAAAUGAGUAAAGCUCCUGGCACAAGGGUCUGCGACUGGCCCCUGUGCGCCCAAAUGAUUAUAAAGCACAUAGAAGAUUCCCUGCAGUCCAGCUCCAUCUCCCACAUCAAGCAGUCGUUAAAGCUGUUAGCUGGUUUGUUUGGCGGUUGUCACGCUCCCUGGACUGAAGUGCUGUGGUUGAGUGUAGCCAAGCAAGUGGAAUCCUUUCUGGUGGAAGAGUCAGUUCAAGCACCGCACCUGCUGGUGGAUCUUUUGCUUAACAUGUCAAGGUCUCCUGUGUUUUGUGACUCUGAAGGCAAUUUUUGGGCAUUAGUGACAUCUGCUCUGGAACAUUUAAACCCUGUACAAGCAGGUCCUUUGACAGUGGGAAUUCUGAGGCUGCACAAAUGCCCACAAGAUGUGAGGAUUCAGGCAGUAACUGUUCUGCUUCAGCCAAUGGACUGCAUUUUAAGAGCAGCCUCCCAGCCUCUGGAAUAUUCAGGUUUGUUGGAUGAGUCUGUCACCGAUCCUGCGACUGUUGAAAGUCUUCUGUCCUCCAAGUCAUCUUGUGCUAGUCUCCUGUGUCAGACUCUUGGUCAUCUGGAGAAGCUACUGUCUCUGAGUCAUUUGCCGGUGGAUUUACCCUGUACAUCCUUGCUGCGUUCUGUCGUGGCGAUACUACAGUUCUGUAACGGCCUCCUAAUUCCAGCGUCUCCUCUGGGGAGCAAGAUAAGCCAAACUUUGAUUGGUUGCUUCAGAGUGCAGAGGGCAGCUCUCGAUGUCCUGGCUGUGCUCUCAGAGCGGAAGGGGUGUGACAUACCUGUAGAGAGCUUUUUUGACGUCCUUUUGUCAUACCUGGAGAGUCCAAACACAAAUCCUGUGGUUCUGAAAAAAUCAUUUCAAGCUACAUCCAAAUGGCUGGUGCGCUUACCUGAAAUGUCCUGCUUCAACAGCCAGUGGCAAAUCACAAAGAUUCUGCAAGAUGUAUUCCUGGUGCUGCAGAAGCGUUUGUGCAGUCCUUGCUGGGAAGUACGAGAUUCCUCUCUGGAGUUCCUCACCAUCUUGAUUAACGGCUUGAGAGACCAGGAUGGGUUCAGGCAGACUCUCUUCUCUUCGGAGGUGCCGAGACUUACAGAAGAUCUUCUUGAGGACCCAGAGAGUUAUGUUCGAGCAAGUGCCGUGACUGCUGCAGGACACUUGGCUUACAUUGCUCCGGAGUCAUCUGUCGCAGGAAAUCAAUACAAUAAGGAGAACACUGUAGCAAAGCUUCAGGAAAUCUUCUCUACCGAUCCAGAGGGCUUUCCUAGGAGGGCUGUGAUCAGCAUCUUCAUCAAGUGGCUGAAGAAAGGUUACACAGCUCUACUGCAGGACACAGAGCAGUUUGUCUCUAAAGUGAUCCAGACUGCAGAGAGAGACUUUGACUGGGAAGUCAGACUUGGAGGUUUGGAGCUGGUUGAAGUUUUCUUUGUCCAGACACUUUGCCGACUUGGCCGUCCUAAAUGCCACUAUGCCCCUUUCUCACCCGAGUUCACUAGUUCCGUUCGUCACAAUGAGUCGCUGCAGAUAUUUUGCCGAACGAAACUGUUUGGCUUUUUGUUUUGCUCUUUGUGCGACUGUGACAGGCCCGUGGGUCAGAAAGCCUGUGAUAUACUGCUUGCCAUAAGAUCCAGUUUUUAUACAAGUAACUCCCUCAAGGAUUCUCUAGACCCUGAAGAAGUAGGACAUGGCAUUGGCUGGUUACAGAGGACACUAAGGCAGGGAUCUCUGGCCCAGAACUUCCCCACAGGCAGCAGUCAGGAGGUUGACUUCCAAGAUCCAGAGAGCAUGCUCCUGGCUUUGGGAACAAUAGACCUGGAAGAGCUGCACGAUGAUCUAAACAAAAGUAGUGACCAUGUGGAGAAAAGCCCUCAGUCGCUCUUAGAGGACAUCCUUGCUACUGUGGGGGCCAUAGAGGAGAACGAAGCUGACUGCUACUAAAGCCAUCUUCUGCUUCGAGGGAACAGU